CAUGGGCUCCUGCACUUAGGCACAGACGGAGCUAGCGCCGCAAAGAGAGACAGAGACCGAGAGAGAAAGAGAGAGAUAGCAAGAGAAAGCGCGAGAGUUGAGUGCAAGCAAGUAGAAGACAGAGAGGGAGACCGACCGAGCUUGCGUGCGAGCGAAAGGGGGGCUGCUUUUGGGGAGCUCGCUCGACGCGGCAGCCGGCACAGCCAAUGCAUCCUGUGGUACUAUGGAAACUAAACCUCUGACCAGUGGAAAUAAUGGAGGCUACGAUGUGGCAGGUUCCUGAAGGGCAUGAGCGCCUUGUCUGCGGCCAGCGCUGUUCUGAUCUGGAGCCAGUGCUGGUGACAGGGACAUGGGCCUCUUCCUCAGGGCUUCCAGUACGCUCAGCACAAGCGACGACCUGGUCCACAGCGCCACUGAAAGGGACGCCAGGGCGGCGCCACCACAGGCCCAGCACGCACCAGAACAUUGGGAGACGAACGAAGCCAUGAGAGGUCUGGAGGUGAAGGAAACCGGCUCCGCGCCAGGGGGCGACGGCCCGAGCAGAGAGCCCGUGGAGCCCGACGGGGACGAGAACUGCUGCGAGGAUAAGAGCGAAACUCAGCGGCAAAUACCUGGACAGAACGCAAAACGGCCCAAGUCUAAUGCAAAGUUAAAGUUAGUUCGGAGCCUGGCCAUUUGUGAAGAACCCUCUCCUCCCCCAAUUACCUCUGAACUGCCUCCAGAACAUCAGGAUGAGAUUCAGAUCAAGCUCUCUCGGUCAUUCGACAGAGACGACACUCCAGCCAGUAAAAACGAGGAUGAACGAGAGAAAAAUCUGGACAAGUUGGAAAAAUUGGAGAACAUGCAACGCAAAAUGCUGUCGAGAGAUUCCAGUCAAGAAUACACAGACUCCACUGGCAUUGAUCUGCAUGAGUUCUUGGUUAACACACUGAAAAACAACCCCAGGGACAGAAUGAUGCUGCUGAAGCUGGAACAGGACAUCCUCGACUUCAUCAGUAACAACGAUAGCCAGAGAAGAAAGUUUCCCCCCAUGACCUCGUACCACAGAAUGCUCCUGCACCGAGUAGCUGCUUACUUCGGCUUAGACCACAACGUCGACCAAACGGGGAAAUGCGUGAUCAUCAACAAAACUAGCAAUACAAGAAUACCGGAUCAGAAGUUCUCUGAACACAUCAAAGACGACAAGACGGACGAUUUCCAGAAACGUUACAUUUUAAAAAGGGACAACUCCAGCAUGGACAAAGAUGACAACUUGAUGCGAAUGAGGUUAAAGGAUGACAGGAGGAGUAAAUCAAUAGAAGAGCGCGAAGAGGAGUACCAACGAGCACGAGAGAGAAUAUUUGCUGACGGUUUGGAUACCUUCCCGCUUGAUAAAAGGAUCCACGAGGACGACGCUUGCAGCACCACUCAGCAGAGGCGGCAGAUUUUCAGGCUGAAACAUGGCCGCUCGGGGAACGGGACCAGCCGCCAGAGCAGCUCGGAGACCGAGGCUCGGUCGUCGGAGCCCCGGCCGUGGAGCAGCACCGACUCGGACAGCUCGAACCGCAACCUGAAGCCGGCCAUGACCAAGGCGAGCAGCUUCAGCGGCAUCUCGCUGCUCAUCCGCGGAGACAGCUCCAGCAGCGGCAAGAGCGCCUCGCGCCUCUCUAAAACGGGUUCUGACUCUUCUAGUAGCGUAGGUUCAUCCACGGGCUCGCUCUCUCGCUCUCUGCCUCCCCCUCCCGCGGCCUCGUCCCUAAUCCAGACGGGCCACCCCGCGCCCUUGGUCUAUCCUUCCGUCAGCACUAGUAGCAGUGUGUCCUGUGAGGGUGGCAGGAGCGUGGCGCCAGCAACCGCAGCUAACUCUAGCUACUAUUUGCUUCCCCUGGAAGCGGCGGGAAUACCGCCGGGGAGCAUUCUGCUCAACCCGCACACAGGUCAGCCUUUUGUGAACCAGGAAGGCAGCGCCAUGGUCUACAGCCCUGGCGUGGCUCCUCAGGCUUCCAGGCCGCAGCAGCCUUUGGCUCCGCCUCCUCCUCCGCCUCCUCCUCCCCCUCCUCCAUCCCUACCUUCCGGCCCCCACCAACAUCAAACCACCAAUCACGUCAUGUCCCAGCCCCUCUGGCCUGUCCAGCCCUCUGCUCAGCCUGUGCAGUACUCGACGGUGUCUUACCCACCACAGCUCCUGUCCGUCUCCCCUAACCAACAGUACACUGUGCAAGAUAACCUGAGCACCCAAUUCGGCCACAUGAGCCUGGCGCGACAGGCGUCAGGCGAGGCCCGUGAUGCGCACACUGCCAUGUAUCCGUCCUCCAUGGUGCUCCAGGCUCCUCCUCCUCCUCAGCAGGCCGGCUACAUGGUGCCCACGCCAGGGCAGAGCAUGCCAACCCAAGCCUACUCGGCUCCCGCGCCAGGCCCGGUGCCGGUAAACCAGCCGGUGAUGCAGCAGCAGGGCUACAUGCAGCAGACUAUGCAGCAGAUGCCGUGUUACUGCGCACCAGGCCAGUACCCUCUGUCCAGCCAGCAGUAUCGGUCAGUUGGCACGGUGCAGUACAGCAGCCCCCAGAGCCAGCCGAUGCCCCCUCCCGCUCCUACCCAACAGCCAGGUUACCAAACUGUGAUGCCAAAUCAGCAGCCGAGCUACCAGAGCGUGGUGCAGCAGCAGCCGCCGAGUCAAACCCUGGUCAGUGGCCAACAUAGCAAUAUGGGAAAUCAAAUGCAAGGCAUGAUGGUCCAGUAUCCCUCAGUGCCACCUUAUCAGGUAUCCAUGCCUCAAGGAUCCCAGCAGACAUAUCAGCAGCCAGUCAUUCUUCCCAGCCAGUCGAGCCAUGCGUCCAGCAUUCAGGUCUACUACAGUGUUAUACCACCAAAUCAACAGAACGCCAUGAGCUCCACAGUGGGAUUCCUACCCCCUCCAGGCACGGAGCAGAUGCCGUUCCCUCGCACGUCCUCCCCCUGCAGUUCCCAACAGAUUCCCGCCCAGCAGUGCUCAGGCGUCCCUCCUCCACCCCCGGGUAGUGGCAUGGUGAUGAUGCAGCUCACGUUACCUCCAGGCCAGCAGCCGCGGCCGCACUCGCCUCCGCAGUGGAAACACAACAAGUACCACAGCCUGGAUCAUCAACGCAGCCAGAAAUCCACUGACGUCUGCACUCUGGACUGUUCCCAAAGCAGCACUCAGCUCGGCAGCCCGUCCACGUCCCCCGCACAGUCACCCGCUCCCUCCCACCUGACCAACAUCAAGAGCAUCCGGCCCGGUCUCAACUCUCAUCCCAUCAUGCCUCAGUUCUCCAGAUCCACUGUCCCCGGGCAAGGAGACGCACGUUACCCUCUCCUUGGUCAGCCUCUUCAGUACAGCCCUCAGAUUCGUCCUCCUUUGCUCCACGCCCCCUCAAUGGUUACCAGUCACCAGGGCCCGAUGGGAAUCCGGCACGGCGGUCGGGGCAGGAAGGGGCCCAGGAAGGCGCUCUCUACAGAUCUCAGUUGAGUCCAGGUGGUGACGGAGCUGCCUGAGGGUUUCAGCCAUGCACAGGCUGACCACCUGCAGGGGAAACUGUGCAGGGGGGCCCCUCCCAAAAGUACGCCGCCCACCCCUUGCUUCUUUCUCGUCCUCUCAGCCAGCCCGUCCCACCUACACCA